CCUUGUUUACGCUUCCUACUCUUGUCAGUCCUUUCUUGUCUUCUCUUCUCAGGCAACAUCUUCGUAGUCGGCCGGCCGCCGUGCUAUGCAGCUCCGUGAUCAGGUCUGCUAGUCCGCGUCUUAUAUCGACCUGGUCGACCGAUCGAAACAUUGGCUCUCUGCGAGAGCCGUCCGUUCCUUAUUCUUCGAAACAUUCGUUAUCAUUGCUUCGUACACGGGAAGCUUCCCAUUCACUUGAGACAUUUUAGCUCCUUCGGUUCUGAUAUCCCACCACUUGUACACAUCAGUCGCUUAAAACUGCGUCAAAACCUUCCAUCAUGGCUAGACUUAUGGUUCGAUCGAAAUCGCAUCAAAAACUUAGGGAGCCUGCGGUCGAAUCCCGCGUUGACAGCAUGCCGAGCUCUGAGCAGGUUUCAAGCGAAACAUCUUCACUGCAUCCGGGCUCCUCCUCCCCUUUGGUAGGGGUUGCUAGAAGUAGGUAUGCUUCUCCUGCAAGCACGCCUGGCUUCGAGGUGCUUUCAAGACCAAAGACUGCAAAUGCCGCCAUGGACGAGCAACGUCGGAGGAGACUUAUGGCUAUGGGAGAUCCGAUCAGUGUCACCGACGGGAAGCAGACGUUCAACUUUCCAACCCCGCUUAGGGAAGGGCCCUCGCCGCGACUGAUGAGCAGAUACGCAAAUAGUUCCCUGGCUCCAAGACCGAAUCUUGAAAGAUCAGAUACGCCUGAUACCAUUGGCAUUGCCCUGGGUAGUCCUUCGCAUCUCGCACAGUUUGAGAGCCGAUGGUCACCGUCUCCCGUCCAUGAGAAAUCGUAUUUCCCAAGCAACGGAGCUACACCGGUGGGCACCCCGGGACUUCGUGAAGCACGAGAACAGAGAGCAGAUGCAUCCCAAUCCAAGCCAAAACUAAGUCGGUGGAAGUCAAUCUUUGGUAGAAAGAACCAACCAAGGGACCAACGAGAAGCACGCCAGCAGGAUGAUCAUCUUUCUCCAGAGGCCCCGCCUAAGUCUGGCCCUGGCCUGAACAACUAUCACACGUGGGAGCACGCUAGUCCGAGGUCACCUCGCAUGCGAAGUGACACUGUUCCUCGCUAUGACGCUCCACCCCAGGCGAGCUCUCCAAGAUUGGGCAUCGGUAGGUCCCAAACGGCUCCCACUGGACGUAGAAACCCGAACAGCCCGCAAGUCCCACCGAAGGACUUCCUCGACGUUGAAAUUCCCAAUACUACCUUGGAACGAUACAGUGUCAUGUUCAAUGGCAUUUUGCCCAAGCAGCCAGGCGGCUUACUGGCACGUAGACAGUCUAAGCGAGAGAGUAGAAUUACAGGACAGCAUCCACAGACUCUUCAGGAUUUGGACAUUCCACCUGUGCCGAAACGACGUAACACCAACGCUUCACCAAAUGCUUCUCCAUCUUACCGUCUGCUGAUCUUCCCCCCGGAAAGCACAAACUCGCCUAAACCACUCGAGAGGAACACGUCUCUUCUGCACCGCCCCAGGCCAUUGAAACGCUCCAACACAGCACCAGGAGCACUCUCACCUGGUCUACAUAACAAAAUGGAUCAGUUGUCGCCCAUGUCGGAAACUUCAGAAGCUCUUGGAACAGAGACAGAUCUCGCAUCUAACACGGACAGCGCGCCACCCACGUCAGACUUGCCUGGAGAGGACGAGUUGAAACGCAUCGAAGACGAGCUUGAUCGCGUCGAGCAAGAGCUUCGUCGCGACGAGCGCAACCGGCAAGCCCUUACGCCGACCCCAUCUGAACCUUCCUCUCCCGCCACGCCUGAGGACGGCAAAUCGGUGCAGUCGUACAAUCCGUUCGCGGUCGAUGCGGCCCACACGCGCAAGAGCAGCUCAAAUUCAUGGGAGGAUCGCUCGAUGCAGGAGCCCGACUGGGAAAUGAUCACGAUUGGAAAGGUUGCCGAACCAGGGGACCGCUUCUCAGGCGCGCAGACGGUGCGGGUGGUGGAAGAACCCUCGCCAAUCGAUAAGGCGGCGCCCUCGCCGCCACAGGUUUGGCACCCUCUGCGCAUGAACUCGCUCGUGGACAAGGACCGCGCAAAGCUCAAUGGCGGGAGGCCCAAACAUCCUCUGACCGCGACGAUGACGAGCCAGCCGCUGCCGGGAAAGGUCGAGGUCCAGGUGGCAAGGAGCAUGUCCGUUACGAAGGGAGCAAAGGCAAGGCCUGUGUUGAGAACGAGUCCGAGGGGCGUGGAGAAAGGAAAGGGCGAGACUCUCGUCGAGAGGAAGCCCCUGACGCCCCAGCUGGUUGAGCCAGCCUCCUCGGGCGAUUCGUUCACCAAGGGCCACAAGCCCAUGAAGAGCGUGGCGGCGAGCAUCGUCGAGAUGGCGUAGAACCCGCGCUCUCCGUCAUCAGCAGGAUAUUCUUUUUUUUAAACAUUACUAUUAUUAUUGUUGGCGAAAGAUCCAGAAGCGCUCCUGGAUGAGCUGGUGGGUCAAACUUCGGUUGCAAAGAUCGUCGGGCACCACCUUUUCUCUUAUUACCUUCUUACUCACUCAUUCUCCCUUUGUAAGGAGCAGGCACGGGCGAGCGUUUUACAAAACCUUUGGAUGCUGGCUGUACUUCAUUCGCUAAUUAUACCACGCACUCUUUUACUUUGCGAAUGUAGCUUAGAGGCUUGCGAGUGUUAAUAGACUGAACCUGCAGAGAUGAACGCAAUCAUUUAACGUUUGGGAAAACUGUCGGGAUAUGGCUGGAGCACGCAGCUUUCCUUUUUG